ACCUCCUGUGAUGGGUUUAUCAAUGCAGAGUCCGGAGCGUUUUCCUUUUCACGCCCGGCCAGUCUCUGCGUGAGGAAGGCACCGAGCAUCUCCUUUUCUGACGGAGAAUUUCUUCGCGCAAGAGAGAGAGAGAGAACGAGAGAGGGGAAGAAGGAGAAAGGACAGACCUCACCCGCACCUUAGUCUGCUCUGAACCUUUCCACCGGACCGCAGUGGAUGGAUCAACAACGCAAGAUGUGAAAAGAAGGAGGCUUCUUCUUCUUUUUUAUUUUUGGCAGGCUGCAGAGUGUUUGAUCACAGGAGCUCCGCGCAGAGAGGGAUCAGCUGCCUCGCUUUUUUCUCUCUGCGCUCUUCCCUCAGCGGGUGAAGUGGGAUGCGGGUUACGCAGCAUCACCGGUGCCGUCGUUGCAAUCAACCUCACAGAUACACCUUCCACUUCUUACGGCCUAUCAGAUUGUGGGCCCGUGGAACAAUAAAAACUCUUUAACCGGUGAGGAAAAAGGGGCUCAUUUCUACCGGUGAUAAAGAGAAGAGGGAUAUUUUUCAAACUCCUUCGGAUGUGAUUCCCCCGCCAUCCGCUCUCUUCCCCCCCCUUUAACCCCUCCGCUCUUAUUUUCUGCCUCUGUCCCGUGAAAGCGGGAAAAGAUCUGAUCACCCCCCACCCCUCUCCCAAAAAAAAAAGAGAUUUCCCCGGACCGCUGUUGAUCUUAUCGCUAUCGCAUUUAAUCUGUCCAUUUCUCUGUCCUGCGAGUGUCGGUGGUGGAGGGGAGCUGCGGGAGAUCCAGAGACCUGAGGAGGGGAAAUUGAGUUACUCUGCAAUUACAGGCUUUUCUUGCAAUUCAGCCUGAGUUCUGCGGACCGAAGCGCACAAACCCCGCGCCAAAGUGAGAGGGAAAUUGAUUUUCAAGCCAAGCGAAGAGGCAGCAAAGGGAUCCUGCGAGCAGCACCUCACCUCAAAGAAACCAGACUGUGUGUACAUAUGCACACACCUCUGCAGGUGCUGGCUCGCACUAUAUGUGUACGUGAGAUGACGAGAAGCUAAGUGACUACCACAACCACCUAGAUCAGACAGCCCUCUGUGCUGCAAGAUGGAUUAAAGCCCCACAUCUCAGGAGAUCAAAGGUGGCUGUGACAGGGGCACGCCCGGGGCAGGACCCAUGAGGAGUCAUAGAAGAUGCUCACAGCCUGGGCGCUUCUGCUCUUCUUAGCCAUGUGGGUGAGAAGCACCUCUGGUGGCCCGCUCUCCUUCAGAAUAGCUGCCAUUCUUGAUGAUCCUAUGGAGUGCAGCAGGGGAGAGCGUUUAGCCAUCACGCUGGCCAAAAAUAACAUCAACAGGAGCAGCAACCGCUCUACAACAGGCAAGCUGGAGGUGGACAUCUUUGAAUUGCUAAGAGACAGUGAAUAUGAGAUGGGGGAGACAAUGUGCCAGAUAAUGUCUAAAGGGGUUGUGGCAGUCCUCGGCCCAUCUGCCAGUCCAGCUUCAAACUCCAUCAUCAGCAAUAUAUGUGGAGAGAAAGAGGUACCGUAUGUCAAAGUGGCUCCAGAGGACAUCCUGAAGGUGCAGUUUCCCCGCUUCACAACUCUGGACUUGAGACCAACGAAUACCGACAUCAGUUUGGCCGUGGCCGGCCUUCUUACAUUCUUUAACAGUACCGCCUCCUGCCUCAUCUGUGCCCAGGCUGACUGCUUGUUGAACUUGGAGCAGCUGCUCAGACAGUUCCUAAUCUCCAAGGAAACCCUGUCAGUGCGCAUGUUGGAUGAUAGCCAGGACCCGACCCCCCUCCUGAAAGAGAUCCGUGAUGACAAGACGGCCACCAUCAUAGUGGACGCCAAUGCCACCAUGUCACAUAUCAUUUUAGAACGGGCAUCAGAGUUGGGGAUGUUGUCUGUCUACUACACUUACAUCUUCACCUCCCUGGAAUUCACUUUGCUACGACUGGACGAUGUGGCUGACCAGCGGGUCAACAUUGUCGGGUUUUCAGUCUUCAAUAAAACGCAUCCCUUCUUCCAGGAAUUCGUGCUAAGCCUCAAUCGCUCCUGGCAGGAGAAUUGUGACCAUGCACCCUUUGCCGGUACUCCGCUCUCGUCAGCCCUGCUCUUUGAUGCGGUAUAUGCAGUGGUUGCAGCGGUCCAGGAGUUGAACCGUAGCCAGAACGUCGGCGCUACUCAGCUCUCCUGCAAGUCAUCCAAAAUCUGGGAGCACGGCACAAGCCUCAUGAAUUACCUUAGGAUGGUAGAAUUGGAAGGCCUAACAGGACACAUCGAGUUCAACAGCAAAGGUCAGAGGUCCAACUAUGCCCUGCGGAUCAUGCAGAACAGCAAGGAAGGCCUAAGGCAGAUCGGCCUGUGGCACUCUGAAGAUGGACUGUCCAUGGAGAGAACUCUUCCAUCAAUCAACGUGACAGACACCCUCUUCAACACAACUCUUACAAUCACAACAAUACUGGAGAAUCCAUACGUAAUGCUACGGCCAAACCACCAAGAACUGGAGGGGAAUGACCGCUACGAAGGCUUCUGCGUGGACAUGCUGAAGGAGCUGGCAGACAUCCUCAAGUUUAAGUAUCGCAUCCGGCUGGUCGGGGACGGCGUCUACGGCGUUCCUGGAGCCAAUGGAACGUGGACUGGAAUGGUUGGAGAGCUCAUCUCCAGGAAAGCUGACCUGGCAGUGGCCGGACUCACCAUCACAGCGGAGCGCGAGAAGGUGAUUGACUUCUCCAAGCCUUUCAUGACCCUGGGCAUCAGCAUCAUGUACCGUGUCCACCUGGGACGUCGGCCGGGCUACUUCUCCUUCCUGGAUCCCUUCUCCCCUGGAGUCUGGCUCUUCAUGCUUCUGGCCUAUUUGGCCGUCAGCUGCGUCCUCUUUCUAGUGGCCAGACUGACGCCGUACGAAUGGUACAACCCCCACCCCUGUCUGAAGGGACGCUGCAACUUGUUGAUCAACCAGUACUCACUCGGCAACAGCUUCUGGUUCCCUGUUGGAGGAUUCAUGCAGCAGGGAUCCACCAUUGCUCCCAGAGCAUUGUCAACACGUUGCGUCAGCGGAGUGUGCACCUCACCCACUGUGAAACCUCCUGCCGUGUUUUCUCCUCUCAGGUGGGCCUUUACAUUAAUCAUCAUCUCCUCGUACACUGCCAACUUGGCCGCCUUCCUGACUGUUCAAAGGAUGGAGGUGCCAAUAGAGUCAGUGGACGACCUGGCGGAUCAGACAGCGAUAGAGUACGGCACCAUGCAUGGAGGAUCCACUAUGACUUUCUUUAUGAACUCUCGCUACCAGACCUACCAACGCAUGUGGAACUUCAUGAACUCUAAGCAGCCCAGCGUGUUCGUGAAGAGCACAGAGGAGGGCAUCGCUCGGGUUCUGAACUCCAACUACGCCUACUUGCUGGAGAGCACCAUGAAUGAGUACUACCGCCAGAGGAACUGCAACCUGACUCAAAUUGGAGGACUGCUCGACACCAAGGGCUAUGGCAUCGGCAUGCCACUGGGGUCAGUGUACCGCGAUGAGUUUGACCUUGCCAUCCUCAAACUUCAGGAGGACAAUCGUUUGGAGAUUCUCAAGAGGUUUUGGUGGGAGGGUGGCAAGUGUCCAAAGGAGGAGGACCACCGGGCCAAAGGUCUGGGUAUGGAGAACAUCGGCGGGAUCUUCGUGGUGCUCGUGUGCGGCCUGCUGGUGGCGAUCUUCAUGGCUGUGCUGGAGUUUGUUUGGAUGUUAAAACAGGCCCCAGGAAAUGAGCAGUCGGUGUGUGAGGAGAUGCUGCGGGAGCUGCACGGGAUCGUGUUGUGUCGGGACAGCCUGCAGGUGAGGCGCCGGCGGGCGGCGUCUUUGAUGCGGCCGCGACCUUUACCCCUGGAGGAACGUCGAGCGCGAGCCGCCGCCGUCAGCCUCAGCAAUGGCAAACUGUGCGCAGGUACCGGCCUGCCCGAGCCGCUCUCCCACAGACUGGCGCAGGAGGCCGCCCUGGUGGCGAGGGGCUGCAGCCACAUCCGGAUUUGCCCCGAGUGCAGACGCUUCCAGGGACUCAGGAUGCGUCCCGCCGGGGCCGGCGAGGCCCUUCCCUCUCCCACGCACAGCGAGGAGAGCAUGGAGUGGGACAAAACCACAAAUAGCAGCGAACCUGAAUAACACUAGGAAAAUCCAGUAAGACUGACUUUUCCAACAUACACCUCUCUCUUUUUUCCAGGGAUCAAAGACCAUGUGGUAUUUUUAUCCAGCCAUUCUGAGCUUGUUCUUGAAAAGCAGGACAUUGCUGCAGACUUUGUUUUGCCCUUGAAGCAACCACUUAAAGUCAGAUUUUGAAAUGUUUUUGGAUGAUUUUUGUUUUCCUUGGUCAGAGGAAAAAGAACUGAUGAGCGUGUCUCAUUGCGGUCUGUCCCUGGAGGCCCAUUGUACCCUGUGAAGCAGGACAGACAAAAACAGCUAUGGGGCAUUUGUACUAUGCAGUAUUUCCAGUCAUUUAUCAAUGUGCAGUUCAUUUUUUUUAUAUUUCUGUCCUCUGUUUGAUUAUUAUAACUAAAUAUUGUUAUUCUAUUCUUAAAAAAAAAAAUAAACCACUUGUUUUUUUUAGUCUGACAGUUACCUGUAUGAAGAUGUACCGCAUCCAAUGUGCUGCGAAGGAGUAGGAGGUUAAAGCAAAGUCAUCCUUUAAACCUUUUUAUGUUAAAAGUGCCAAAAACCACGAGUGUUUCCUUGUGGCUAAACGAAGCACCAGAGCCUUCAGAAAACAAACAAAUUCAGCUGAACCAAGAAAAUAAACACGCAGACGCACAUCAGCUCGUUUUGUAGUGACGCUAUUGUAUAAAAUAGAAUAAAAUAACUGUUGAUAUCCCUGAAAGACAGCGAUGCGCGGCGUUGGUGAGUGGUCAAAUCAGUCACAUUCACAUUCUGAUCAGAAUAUAAGGUGGUAACUGAGUUUCAGCAUUUUCUAGAAAGAUGCCCGUUUAUUUCCGUCUUUCUUAAGCUGCUAACACUCUUUCUUGUCUCGCCACAUACAGUGGUGUCUUUACAAGUGCUUUUUUGCAGAGCUACAAACAUGGAAGAAAGAUUUUGCUUACGUAUUGGGUUGGAGGGUGUUUUUCUAUACUGUGCAGUAAAACGGAAUCUGCAUUUUGUUAUGCUGAAAUGGUUCAGAUCAAUUAAAAAAAUUGAAUAUCAGACAAAGGUAACCUGAGAAAAUACAGAAUGUAGUUUCCAAGUAGUGAUUUAAUUCAUUCUACCGAUACCAACAUUGUCUUAUUUGAAGCUAUCAUUGUCGCUCUUGUUAAAUCAUGAAAUAAGUUUAAUUUCAUUGACUAAGUCCAGGCUAGUGGUAGCCUGAUUACUGCUUGUCCUGUGCAAUAAAGAAGUCAUGUAACUAGCACCUGUCUGACAACAUGAAGUAGUCCAAAGGACCUCGAAAAACCAACACACCAGAUUAUGAUCUAAAGAAAUUCAAGAGCAAAAGAGAAACAAAGGAAUGAAUGAAUCAGUUUCAAAAAUAUUUUUUUAAAAAAAAUCACAUUUAAGGUUUUUGGAACCACAAUCAGUGCAAUUUUCCUCUAAUACAGAAAACUUGGAACAACAGUGAAAUCUUUUGAAGAAGCAACAUCUGAAGAAGUCCAGAGAGAGACAGAGAGGAUAAGAACAGCAACCAAGGGGAAAACAGCAGCAGGCAGAAAGGAACACAAAGAUCCGUCUCACAUUUGCAAAAAAUAAAUAAAAAAAAUAUCAUUUUCAUGAUCCCAGAAACCUUUUGGAAAAUAUUCUGUGGAUUUACGAGGCAAAAGUAGUUUCUUAAAAGGUGUGUGUCAUUAAAAAAGCAUUUCAGAAAAGAACAUCAUGCACACGAUAUUUAAAUCUGGUUGUCUUGUUUUGCAGCUGGUUUGCUGCUUCAGGACUUGGGACAACUUGCCAUCAUUGAUGGAACCAUGAAUUCAUGAAACAGGGAAGAUCCUGAAAGAGAGUAUCUGGUUGUGAAUUUGUGAUAGAGAGGACUUGGGUUUUUAACUGACUUAAAAAAAAUUUUAAGUUUUGGCAUGGAGUAGUUAAUUAAAACUGAGGUUAAACCUGAGUGAGAUGCUGUUGAAUAUGAAUAGUACAUCAUGCUUGAAUUACCUUUUAGUUUGGCUGAAUUAAAAUAAGAAAAGUUGUCCAAAAUCCAUCUAAUGUGAUGCAAUCAGUUACAUCUGGCUGUUCCUACCAAGGCUGAUGGCAAAACUAGAUAUCAGGUUUAUAGGGCACAAAGAAUCAUUUAAAAACAACAAUGUAACAUGGGGUUGAGUAAUAUUAUUGUGUCAGUGCUAUGACAUUUUUGCAGCAUUUUCAUACAUUUUGUAGCAGUAGCACCUAUUUCAUUGAUUUAGGUUUCUCUGAGUUAAAUUAUAAAAGAGGCAACUUGACUUAGCUGUAGAUCAAAUUACAUAGAACAGUAAUGUUUGGUAAUCAAUAAUUCCUUAAAGACAUCAUCUUUGUACAUUCUGGAAAUGCAAUGCACGUAUGUGAUGGAGUAAUAAGGCAUUUUUCUAGUGCUACUUUUCUGCACAUGUUCUUUUCCGCAGCUUCUAUGGAGUAAAAGUGACUUGUUUGUAAUUUUACCCCAGAAAAUGGCCCUGCUAGGGAGGUCGCUAGACAUACUUUUUGGACCAUCCUGAACCAACCCACAACAGCAUUUUGGAUUCAGGCCAUUCGGUAUUUUGGACUGAAACAAUAUUCUCAGCAUUUUUUGUUUUUGUUUUUUUGCAUUCCUCCCAGUUUAAACUUUUUCAGGGGACUGAAGACGUUGUGAGAAUGUCGAACAGCAUUUAUUCGCAGAGGUGCAGAGAAAACCUCCACAACGCCCCUGGACUUUUGGUACAUGUUGGUUGAAUUUCAUUAAACAUCUGUUAAUGGAGCAAAUUAAUUUCUUCUUAGUUUGAAAGCGUUUUUAAGUUUUAUUCCAUUGGGAGAAGCUUGGAAUGAUUUUGCCAAAGCUAUAGAUAGAAGACAUGAACCAAUCAGUUAUAUUGCUCACAAUAAAUCACAAGGUUUUAUAUAUAUAUAUAUAUAUAUGUAAGUCCAUGCAGGAAACUUUUUUUGUCCUUGGUCUGCCCAAGGAUCCAAGGAGAAACCUUUUAGGGUUAACAAUCCCUGGGAGGUUUAAGGUUGAGGGUAAUUUAGUUCUGGAGACAAAAACGUUCAGGUCAGCAUCCUGGAAAUAUCCCUUUAGUGCCACAACAUUUUUGAUUUGUUCCUCAUUUUAUUAGAUUUCCACAACAGUUGUUAUAAACACCUGCCGGUGAUGAACACGGUUUUUGUUCUGUACAUGCUGAAUGAAAUCAGGUCCCUUUUUCUGCUGUUAAAAUCAUAAUUCUUUUAUUUUUGCCUUCAUAUGAAACUAGUGACCGACCAAAAAGCUGUUGGUAAAGAAGCUUUUACUGCAGCAGUUUCCCUCCGUUCUUUUAAGUGUUAAAACGUCGGCGCUUUUGUUGAAUGUUCAGUUUUACAAGCCCCUUGGAGAAGUAUUUUGCUUCUGAUGUGUUAUGACAGUUUUCAUACUUUAUUGAAGCUAUAGAAGCAGAAAAAAGUCAUUUGUUCUUUGGAAUGAGUGACUUGGGGAAAUAUAAACAAUGAUUCACUCACUUUUCUUUCCCUUUCCAAAGAGUUUGAUGGCAGAAAAACAAAUCUAAUUAAUCACACAAACAGUUUGCCGUGUUAGUCCCUAAAUCUCGAUUUGAAAAUCAUUUAUAAAUGUCUGUUGGAAUGACAUUUGCCCUUUUGCAUUUUCCUACAAAUGAAUCCAGGAGGACUCUUAGUUACUUAUGAGAGUUUAGGCUGAGUGGCUGUUUUGACUGCUUUAUGAUAACCUCACUGAAUCAGAGGGCAGACGGCUGCCAGUGCAGACCCGUCCUUAUCGCUGAUGUGCCCAUCACUUUAAAUCUGCACAUCACAAUCUGUCAAUCACCCUCAUGCCAUGUUGUUGUGAGAAGUUUUACAGAUUUUUCCCCCUGUUUUUGCUUAUCUCAAAUAAUUCAGAUCUUCAAACGCAUUUUACCACCAGACAAAGAUAACCCAAUUAAAUACAAGAAGAUGUUUUCAAAGUACAAAAAAAACUUUAUCCAAACCAGGCUUAAAGGUAACCCACUUUGGUUGACUCGUGCUUACAUUGUUGCUAACCGAACAGCGCUUAUGGAAAGCUGAGUUCAUUUAAACGAGUCAUGUCCAAGCCUGCCAGAUCUGCAGAACCAAGAAAUGUCUUAAAUAGAACCUGUCCAACAAAAUAAUACAGGCAAUACGACAAACAGUCUGGAUAGAUCCAAUGAACCACAAAAAUAUUGUUUUUUGUUUUGUUUGUUUUUACAAAUUAAGAAACAUAGAACAGUGGUGAACCUUCCCAGAAGUGACUGACCUCCCCAAAUUACUCAAAGAUGGCAUUAAAAACUCAUCCAGGAGGUCAGAAAAGACCCCUGACCUAAUUUGAUUGAACUGCUCUGGUAUGCCCUUAAACAGACAGUUUAUGCUUGAAGCAAUCCCUCAAUGUGCCUGAAUUCAAACAAUUUAAAGAGGAGACAGUUAUUAGGCUUAGGGCGCAAUUAUUUUGCUAGUGAGUGGUGCUUGGAUUGCUUUUUUUAGUUCAUAAAUGGAAUCGUUGCUUGAAAACAGUUUGUAUUUAUUCAGGUUUUCUUUGUCUGAUGACAAAAUUAGUUUUAGUUUUUGAAAUAUUUAGACCCGUAUGGGUUCAAAUCUUUUUUACAGCACUGCAAGAUGCCAUUUCACGACAGCUUUAAAUGAAGGUGCAGCAUUCACCUUUCUGUCACUUCAAGCCUCCAUCUCGUCAGAAUUUCCUCUCCUCCUUUAGAGCGAGCAACGUGAAGAGAAACAUGUUUCAUUUCACGAAACAUCUGUCAGGUUUAAAUGUCUCUGUGUUUUUUUUAUGCACAUUAUCUGUCCAUGAUCUGCUCCAAUGUUGUUAUUUUUUUAAUUCAAACAAGCUGGCUCACAAAAGUUAUGUAAAUACAGUGUAAUCAGUGCAGUUCCUGGUAAAUGUCUAUUGUGGUAUUUUUUUUUCAAGAGUAAUUAUUGUUUGACGUUUAUUGUGUUAAUGGAGCAGCAUUGUACACUCUUGUGUUUUGUUUGUUUGUUUGUUUUUUAAUUACAGGAAUCCUUCUCAUGGACAGCUACAUUGAUUAGUUUAAUGAAGAAAAAAAAUCUUAGGUCUCCAGAAACAUUCACUGUAAAAUGCGAACAUUUCUUUAAAGAUUUAGUCAAAUUAAUGAGUAAGUACAAGAGAAGAGAAGACCCAAAUUUAAAAAGGUCUAUAAAAGCCGUUUUCAUCCAUUUGCUGAAUGUUACUAAGAAGCAGAUGAGAGUGUGAAGGCUCUUUCUGCUCUCAAUGCAAACUUCUUAAAUGCUGAAAACAUUUACAGAGGUGCUAAAUCAAGCGUAGUGGGAAUGAGAUUGCCAAUUACCUUGAAGGCACGGAGAGCAGUGGAGUACGAAUUAAAACAAAUCCCACCGAGACUCUGGGCGACCUUCUCCGGGAGAGAGCUGGCACUGUUUGUGCUUCUAUAUAUUUUAUAUGCUUUAUUUUUUUAUGUUGACAUUUUAUUUCAUUAUAAAUACAUUUCUGGAAACAACGUC